AUGCUUAGUACAGCGAUUGGCACAUGGAAAGCACUUAAUGAAAACUUUGAUGACUUAUUUGCUCUUUCCAGUACAUGUUACUCUAAAUAAAUACGGUCUUUGGACAUGAGCAGGUAACACAAUAAGCAUCUUUACAGAAUGAGGAAUAAAAGCAGUCAGUUUCAAGGUCUCCUCUGGUCAUAGGUGUCCCAAAGGUUGAAGGACUCUACUUUAUUGAGGUAGGAAGCUUCUUUGCCACACAAUUAAACUGUCACUGAUGGAAUCAAAUCAAAAUUACAGACAUCUGGAUGCUUGGAGCAUUCCUGGGCCUUUAUAACUCAGAAAGAGGGGCUGUUACCUGGGUAAUUCAGUAGAAAGUCCAGUCUGUGUCACUGAAUCACACACUUCACAACCUACCCAGCUGACGCAUUUUGUCAAGAGACAUAAACCUGACAAUCCUACCCUUUCCUCCCUCAUAUUUCCCUCUGACUUCCAGGUCCUGGAGCAAACAGAAGAUGAGUGUUUUAUUCUCCCAUGGCCUGGGACUUGCUCCGGUCUUUGAUGGUUUGCUUUCAGAAACUCGUAGUUUCUAGCUCAUGAGUUAGAGGCCAUCGAGUCUAAUCUCUCCAUUUUAAAAAUAAGACGACUGAGGCACUCAGAAGUUCAGUAACUUAUUCAGGAUCUCACAUAGUAAGUGACUGAGCUCCCAAGUUUCAGCUUGGUUAGAGUUCCCGGGAGUCGGACCUGCCCAUCCUUAUUCAAGUCCAGUGGACUCUCUAGUAGGCUAUUCUGUCUCUAGUUCACACUCAGUAAUGAGAAUGAGAAUGAAGGAUUGAGAAAUAGGACCGAGGUUGAAUCUUCUUCUGCUUCUUAUUAUCUGGGACAAAUCUGGACAAGUCCGUUUUAAGCUCCGUUUCUGUUCUAAAUUCUUUCUUUGGUUCUAUGAACCACCACGACCCCAGAUAGUUCUUGUGGGAAUUUGAAGCUUCUCCUCAGUGGGGAUUGAGGCAGGGGAGAAAUCAGGAAACACGAAGGGAGGAACCCACCGGGCCCGGCAGACUUGCCAGGAAGGUGCUAGGUGGCCAUCCGGAGAAGGAGGUUUGCUGGGCAGAGAUUCCCAGACUACCUGAGCUAGGCCAGCUGAACAAUGGCUUGUUGUAGGCUAGAGGCAGGCUGGAAUGUGACCCGGGGAGUUGGGCGGUGGGGCGGCUGCUGUGGCGGCGGCUGGGCGGGGCCAGGUAACAGCAACCAGCCCUUUUACCUGGCCAGGUGCCUCCCAUUUCCAGGAGUGCUGCGGAGCCCACAGCACCUGCAGCCCUUGCAGUCAGUGGCGGGGUAAGGACCGUGGACGGGGCAAUGACUUCUUAGAAUCUUCCCCUCGGUGAGAGGCCGGGGCAGAGUCCAACCCAACUCAGCGGAACCCCGGCGCCGGGGAGGAGGCGGCCCUCCGCAACCCAACCAACACACGCAGAGGGCAAGAUGAAGAAGAACCAGUCGGUGCAAGGGACCUUCAGCAAACUCUUUGGGAAGAAACAUACAACUCCCACCACCACCUCCUUGUACGCCACCAACCCGCCCUGGAUCUUCACCCAGGAGGUCCCCUUGGAGGGGACCAGGAACUUUGAUGGAAUUUAUUAUGGAGACAAUCAGUUUAAUACUGUGAGUGAGUCAGGAACCGCCACCCUCAAGCCUCGGCCCAGAGUCCGCCCUCUGUUAACCUUCUUACCCCUGAAUGCCCAGGAAAACCAUGGACUGGCUGUGCCAACCCCAUCUGUCCCAGAGGAUUUUGUGGACAAAGAAGUGACAAAUAAAGGCAGUUCCCUACAAGUCAAUGGUAACCUCCGACUGUACAGCUCUGUGGGUGACCUGAGGUCUGGGCGCUAUGGUGAAGAGUCCAUCAUCCCUCCACCCCCCGUGGGCCCAGCCCCAGGACCACCUCCUGAUGUCUUGAUGUUUAAGGGGGAGUCUCCACCCCCUCCCCCACCUUCUAUGGCACCCCCACCUCCUCCCCUACUUUUGGAACCACAGCCCCCACCCCCACCCAACAUGGCCCCACCUCCACCACCUGUGUCUGAGGCUCUGUCUCCCCCAUCCACACUCUCCUCCCCACCAACCCCCACCCCUCCGGACUUCAUCCCUCCAGCUCCUCCCCUAGCCUUCUUGGCCCCCCCACCCCCUCCUAUGCCAGCACCGGGACCCCCAGUCCCAGAGUCUCCUCGUACCCCAACAGGACCUCGCCUCUUCUCUUCUGGUGGUGUCUCCAAAUGGAAAUCAGAGACUGUGCUAAAUGGGGGGCAGUCUGAAGCCCACAAGAACAGCCCUCCCAGAAGCCCUGCUGCUCUUACUGAGUCUAAGGUGGACCCUCAUCUUACCUUCCCCCGUUCCUUCAAGGUGCCCCCCCCAGCACCUGUCAGGACCUCAUCCAUCCCAGUUCAAGAGUCUCCUAAAGACCUCCAAGAGGAGGAAGUGCCUUCUAAAAAGAUCUCAAACCGGCUUCCCUUACCACCCAGCUUCCACAUCCGCCCUGCAUCCCAGGUAUAUCCUGAUGGGAUUCAGGAGCCAGAUGGCCCCAAGAAGCCCCAAGACUCUGUGUCUGCCAGUCCUCAACCUAACCAAACCAGCCCCAGAAUAAACAGCAAAACAGCAACACCACCCCCGGCGUCUCCAUUACCACCCCCAGCACCCCCUCUCCCCCCAGAGGCUCCCCCUCUGCCAGUGAUCGAAAAGGUCCCGGUGCCACUGACAGGGCUUAGGAAAGGCCCUAAAUCAGGUUCUCCCAUCCCCAAACCCAAAACUCCCACCCCAGUGACGGAGGUCUCCUCAGAUCCUGUGGACUGGCGGGAUCCCAAACAAAUGGACAAACUGAGAAGCGAGCUGGCUGCUUACCUCUGUGGCUCAAGGAGAGAAGAACGUUCCUCCUGCAAUGGGACUGGUCCCACUCCUCCCUCCAAAGUUGGAGAGAACAGAGACAAAAGCCCCAAUUUACCCAAGAAAGAACCUCCCCCAAGCCUGACUCUCCCUCCUGUGGACUAUGCCCCAGCAGAACCCCCAACUUCAAGUGUCCAGCGCAUCAGGAGUGAGCUGGAAGCCCUGAUGGCCCCCUCAACAGAGAAGGAAGUAAAGCCGGCCACAAGUCUCCUAUCUCCUAAGCCCUCAGCUGACACUAGAAGGAUAGCAGAGAAUGGGACUGGGGAUGCCAAAUUUCCUAAGCCAGUGGCCAAGAAGCUCCCACUGUUGCCCCCUUCACCCAAACCUGAGGCAGAAAAGGAACCCAGUGUCCUCAUAGCCAAGACUGUCGAGAAAGCCACAGAACCUCAGCCACCAACAAUAUCUUCUCCCCUUCAGGAUAAGAGCUCCCCUUUGGUGCCUUCGAAACCUGAUAAGAUGGAGACCCCUCCUUCACCAGCCCCUGCACCAAAGACUCCCCUAGCCCAAGAGGAAGCAUCAGUUCUCUACAAACUCCACCAGGACCAGGGCCAGGGCCAGGACCAAACCCACUCCGGCCAGGACCAAGCCCACUCUGGCCAGGACACUGCUGUAGUAAUACCCAGCCCUGUCAAGAAGGAGCCUGAGGGAAUAAAGGAAAAUGGAAAGUUAUCAGUUAAGAGCCCUGGAGAAGAUCGGUCAGAUGGGGAGGUCCUCAGACACCCAGUGACAGGGGAGGUGGUGGAAAGGGGAUCUCCAAUGGCCUUACUCCUGGCUGCCAAACAGAGGGCCCAGAAGGGACGGGCCAGGGGCAGUGCCCUGGGCCGGUCCUCAUUGCCAGGGAGUCUCCGUGGCAACAGAAAUCAAUCAGAGUCUGUCUCUGAAAGCAUCAUCUAUAGUGAGAUCAGGCCCAACUCCUUCACAGUUGUGCCCAAGCCCAUGAGAGAAGUAGAACAGGCUCCCCAGGUGUCCUCACUAACUCAGCAUGACAGACCCAGCAAGUGGGGCUCCCCAGCUUCAAAAGGCCCAGUGACGUCAGAGUUCCAACCCAGGCAAAAAUGGCCAAAGGAAGAACCUCAGGCUUCCCUGGGCCAGGAGAGAUCAGCCUCUUCCUACAGCCCCCAAAGCUAUCUGCUGCCCAAGUCCUUCUCUUCACCAUCUUCCCCUUCAUACAAAGGAGGUGAGGAAGAGGAGGAAGAAUUUAACUUUGAGGUCAUCCCACCCCCUCCUGAGUUCAGCAACGAUACUGCUCUGCCUAACCCGCCUCCGGCCCCAGCUCCUUUCCCAACCCCAACCUACCUGGGCCAUAGAGGCUCUCCUCUCCGAAACAGCUUCUCGGACUAUGGCCAGACCUUAGACCUCGGUCUUCAGGGCUAUGAGCGGCCAUCACCCUCAGGAUCCCCGGGAAAUACCUACUCCCGCUACUAUCCUGGUGUCCACUAUAGUGGGAGUGGGGGCUUGGAACGCUUCUCAAGUGGGGGCCGCUCCCUCAUUAAGAAACGCCUUUACCUCAAUGAGCCUCGGAGGAGUCCUGGACCCCCACGCUGUGGCCCAGGAGGUGGAACUGCCCGAAGUCUGAGCACCCCAAAUGCUUUUGGGCCCCAACCUGGUGCAACAUAUGGGUCUGGACAUGGAGGAGCAGAGAUGCGACGUGUUAAUUCUUCAGGCCGGGUGCCUGGGGGUCUGCAUUCUCGAAGACUGUCCCUGGAAGGGACUGGAAGGAAUGGAUCCUAUGCAGGAGGGGCAGUUGGCAGUGGUGGACCUGGGGAGAAUAUAUACAAAAUAUCUAAUGCAGACUACAGCUUCGUCCCAGCAACCAGCAGGUCCUCCCCGAGCAGUGCUAAAUACAGCAGUCCCCUCAACACUUUUACAGUGCGACCUGGAACCCGACAGCCAAUUUCCUACGUAUACUCUGGAGCACAUAGAAAAGCCACAUCCUGAGCUCUUUGCCUACUUCAGUGGGCUGAAAGUUACCUGAGAGACAUAUGGACAAAUGAGAAGCAGUCUUCUGGAGAGAAUGAAAGGCUCUUGUUUGAAUUUUGACAAAACAUUGUCAUUGACACUGGAUUGAGGAGGGGAGGAAAGGGAAAGACCCUUAGCUAGGAUCCCAAAUUAGCAAAAGCCCAAGUUUCUGGCAGGAUAGAAUUUAUGCCCCAAUCCCCCCUACCCACCCCAACAAAUGCAAAAAAUUUUAUGAAGUUUUGAAAGUUCAAACCUAAGUAGCCUGUGAGCAGACUGCAGUAGCAGGGAUGCUGUCCCCUAACCCCCAGGUCUACAAAGGGCUAAAAGUCCUAAUUAAAACUCCAUGAGAUUAUUAAUAAGCCCCAUAAAACAGUUGGAAUAUCCAUCUGGUUAGCUCUUAGAUCUUGCUCUAAAUACUUGUCACUUCUGAUAGAGGGCUUGACCAUGUCCCAGCAGAAUUGGGAGGUUUUCACUCCCCCAAAUGGAAGUGUUUUCAACCUACUCCCAUCCACAGCCAUCCCACUAACAUGGAGGCCCAAGAAAAUCAGAGUGUCUUGGACUGCUGUUUAUCUUGGGUAGAGAAAGGGAAGAGGGACACUAUAUUUUUUCCAUUUCCUUAGGCCAGGACUAGGGGAAGAUGAGUUGUAUUUUGAGGGGAAGGAUGAAAUGGGACUUGCUUUGCAAUUCAAAUCUAGGUCUUCUUAGCCAUGAUUUUGGAAUCAGAAAACAAAGGAGCCAGAAGACCUGGGUUCUAAGAUUUGGCUUUGGAAUCAUUCAUGUAUCCAGGCCUUCCAAUGGGCUUAAAAGGAGGAAUCCUCACGGAUCUUGACCUAUUCCCCCAACCCACCCCCUCAAAAAAAAGUUGUUCACCACACAUAUCACCAGGAUUUUAAAAUCUGUAUGUAAGGGAUUAAGAAGAAUAAGGAAGGUAGUGUCAAUGGAUCAUUUGUAGCUGAUGAGUUUAAUGUUUAACUGAGAAGUAAGAAGAGAGAAGGAGAAAGGAAGAAAAAGAUUGUGUUCAGUCUAUCUGGCUCAAGAUAGGGACGUCUGCUUCCAAAGCAAUGUCCCUUUUAAAUGUCCUUUCUGGACCUAGGCUCAGGUAAGUGACUUUCCUGAAUCCAGUUCAGGGCCAGAGGAGCUGCCCAUCUCUGUCUCCUCUGGGUCAGAGGGUACCAUUAGUGAUAAAGAUUGUGAAUUGUGUUAAUUUGUGGGUACAUGCCCAAUGGGAAAGUGCACAGAAGAUGCUCUGAGGAAACAUUUGGAAAUUUGGAACAUUGAAGAAAAAUUGGGAAGGGAAGAGGGGAAGUGGAGGAAUGGGAAGGGGAGAAGUGAAGCCUGCUAGAGAAACUAAAAGAACCCUGUAUAUCCCUUGCUAAGUCUAGGGGAUGGUAUCUGCCCAUCUCCUUAUAAGAAAUGUACUUGAUCCUACCUCCAAGCCUAGCCCUGGCUCUAUGUAUAUGAAAUUUGUGUGUAUUUUCUCUAUGCAAUGUUUUGUAAGAGAGUCUAUUAACUUAUAUUCUGUAUUAAGGCACACACAGGAGAGGUGGGGUGUGGGCUAAUUGCUGUAUAUUAUUUAGAAAGAGCAGAGAGUGGGUUUUUCUUGGCUUUGGAAAUAAACAGGCCUAGUUUGAGAUUGCUGACCAUGA